UUGUCAAAAUUUGAUUUUUGCAGGCCUGGUUUAAAAAGUAUUAAAAACAACUGAACUGAAAGAUUUGAUGUGAAAUGAGUGAAUAAAAUUAACGACUGAAAAUAAUAUUUUUCAAGAGUAGCAAAUAUUUAAAACAAUUAAAAGCAAUUAACACACAUAUUCGCACGUUUCAUUUUCAUUUAGAUUGGACAGAUUUAAAUACUACAGGAAUUUGUUUAUAAAAAAAACUUUAUUGUUUUUUAUCAUAUUGUAUUGUACUUGCUUACUUACUUAACCCCGGAAUACACCCGCCACAUACCAGCACACCAGAUCCAUCAGAUCAACAACAGCGACAGCAACAACAAAUAAACAAAAUUGUGUGGAAUAUAUACACAAUAAAAAUAUAAAGAAUAUAAAUAAUUUCUAGUUAAUUGCACAUUAAUAACGCGCACACACUUGAUAUCAAGUGGUAUUAUUACGACGAUCUACUAAGAUCUCACCAGAGAGGGAGUGAGUGAGUUCAUCUGGUUAAGUACUAGUAGUGACCGGUGUAAGGUUUACGGCUAUAGGAGAGAGAUAGAGUGAGAGCAUUUCAAGAGAAAACCACUCAUUGUAGUAAGUGUGGCAAGUUGCUACCUACCACUACUUAGCAGCCGGCCUGGCCUGUAUAUUUGAUUUUAAUCGGCGCAUUCGAUAUGUAUUUUAUGUGAUUAGGAGCAUCUUUCAUCAGUACAACGUGAGCAGAAUUUAUUGAAAACAAUAAAUAAUGAUCAGUUUUCUUUGCUACUUGAGUUCUAAACAAUUCACCUCCCAGCAGUAAAUAGUUGAAAUUAUUUAAAUGUAAACAAUCAUCAAUCGUCAAACUCAUCAACAACAUCUAUAACAAAAUAAUCACACAAAAAAGAGCGAUCAGCGGCGCUUAAUUUUUCCUCGAACCACAAAAAAAAAACACUGCAAAAAAUCUCUCUUGAUCGUUAUAAAUAUCAAAGUGGCAACAAUCUUUACUACAAAUUUUUAUAUUGAUACUCAAACGCUGCACAAGUGAUAAAAUCCUAUAAACUAUUACAACAAUAAAAUACAAAAAAAAAACAAACAAACCAAAAUCCAGUAAAUACUCUACUCAUUUACAUUGCUAUUCCACAUGUUUAUUUUAUUUGUAAUUCAUGUAAUUAAAAAUUAAACAACCUUAAACAACACUUCCCCAUAACACAAAACAGUGCCCUAUAAAAGUAAUAUUCAGCUCACCCACCAACCAGCCAUCAUGUCUUUCAAUUGCAUUUGGAAUAUGUCUACACAAUUGUGUGUUUCUCUAACAAAAAGUUGCCAUUUGUUAUUGCUAAUCGUUUUAACAGUUUUAAUGGGCUGUUUGACCCCUUAUAAUCCGUCCAGUAUUAUGGUCAACGCCAGUCAAUCGGGUAUUUAUGUGGAUAAUGGCCACGAUCAAACUAUAAUGCAUCGUGCCUUGGAUGAGGAGGAAAAAUGGGCGGCUUCGUAUGAAAUACUGGAGUUUUUGGGUUUACCCGAACGUCCGAGAAGGAAACAUAGUCAUUUGUCGUUGAGAAAAUCAGCACCACAAUUUCUUUUAGACGUUUACCACCGUCUCAAAGAAGAGGAAAACAAUGAUGAACCAGCGCCAUUAGUGCGUUCAAAACGUGAUCUACAGGAACAGGAAAACUUUAUAACCGAUCUCGAUAAGAAAGCCAUCGAUCAGAGUGAUAUUAUAAUGACAUUUUUAAAUAAAAACCACCAUGUUGAUGAGGUACGACAUGAACAUGGACGCCGUUUGUGGUUUGAUGUUAGCGAUGUGCCCGACGAUAAUUACCUUAUGAUGGCCGAAUUGCGCAUAUAUCAGAAUCCCUCACAGGGCAAAUGGGCCACAAGUGGCAAGGAAUUCACCAUUACUGUUUAUUCCAUUGCUAAAACCAGUGGUCAUGAACGUGAACUGGAAGUUUUAUCAACGAUGAAUACCACCGCCGACUAUCAGGGCUGGCUGGAAAUGAAUGUGACAGAAGGCUUAAGUGCCUGGCUAUUGGAUCCUAAAGAUAAUAGAGGCAUCUAUAUAGGAGCUCAUGCUGUUACAAAACCCGAUAGAGAAGUAAAACUGGAUGAUAUUGGUCUGGUACAUCCUAAGGGAGAUGAUGAAUAUCAACCAUUUAUGAUUGGCUUUUUCCGGGGACCAGAGCUUAUUAAAACUGUUAAACGUCAUAGCCGUCAAAAGCGUAAUACACAUCCUAGACGCCGCAAGAAGACCGAUAUUGUCAAUCCCUUAAUCGAUGGUCCCAGUGAGAGUGUGCGCAGCUGUCAAAUGCAAACUUUGUAUAUUGAUUUUAAGGAUUUGGGUUGGCGUGACUGGAUUAUCGCCCCUGAAGGUUAUGGUGCUUACUACUGCAGCGGUGAAUGUAAUUUCCCCCUCAACGCCCACAUGAAUGCUACCAAUCAUGCUAUAGUCCAGACACUGGUGCAUCUUUUGGAGCCGAAAAAAGUACCCAAACCAUGUUGUGCACCAACACGUUUGGGUGCGUUACCCGUACUCUAUCAUCUAAACGAAGAGAAUGUUAAUUUAAAGAAAUAUAAGAAUAUGAUUGUUAAAAGUUGUGGUUGCCAUUGAAAUGAGAUCGAAUGAAUGAAAUUAAGAAAUCUGAGAUUAAAUAAAUUUAAAAUUUUAUACAAUA